UUCGAUUUGAAGUGAGUUUGCUUUAAUUUUGUUCAACUUUCAAAUUCACUGGUUUUUUUUAGAAUCGUCUAUCAGAAAUUUAGUUUCUUGACGGUCCGUUGCGGAUAAGUUGUUGAUAAACAAAGUUACUGGUAGAGAUGUGGGUAUUUUAACUUUGAAAAAUUAUCAUUCUGGAAUUCAUUUUGAUCGUAAUUUUGGAAUGAUUUUUGUUGAAUAUGAAUGAUUCCGAGCAAAGGAUUCUGCUUUAUUUUCUGUUGAAUGGAUUACAAGUCUCUAUGAUACAAUGUUAACAUGCCAUUCUCUCUCUAAAUUCAAACUCCCCAAUCUCAUCUUUAAACCUCAUCUCUCUCUCCUCCACACUCUCCCUCCCUCUCUCCACAAACAAAAAAUUCACCUCCUUAACCUCCUCCAACAAGAAUGCACCAAUUUCAACCACCUCAAACAAAUCCAAGCUCAAAUGGUUCUUUCAGGCAUUUUCUCAGACACUUUCGCUGCGAACCGCCUCCUAGCCUUCUGUGCUCUGUCAGACUCUCCCAAUCUCCCAUACGGCAAUCUAAUCCUAAACCAAAUAGAAAACCCAAAUGUGUUCUCUUGGAAUUUGGCUAUUCGUGGGUUCGCCGAUAGCAGUGACCCUAAACAAUCGGUGUAUUUGUAUAGAGAGAUGCUUUGUAGCAAUGGCCGACCGGAUAAUUACACAUUUACAUUCUUGUUCAAGGCCUGUGCCAAGAAUUGGGAUAUGAGAACUGGGGUCGUCGCUUUUGGGCAGGCUGUUGAAUUGGGUAUGAGCUCGGAUGUUUUCGUAAUCAAUGCAGCUAUUCAUUGCUUUGCAUCUUGUGGGGCAUUGGAUGGUGCCCGUAAGCUGUUCGAUGAAAGUUGUGUGAGAGAUUUGGUUUCUUGGAAUACGAUGAUAAAUGCUUAUGUUCAGCGUGGGAGACCGAGAGAGGCAUUGGAUAUUUUUCAUAGGAUGAUGGUGGAGAAAGUUAGAGCAGAUGAGGUUACGAUGAUUGGCAUUAUUGCUUGUUGUACACAGUUGCAAGAUUUGGAUUUGGGGAGGAGGAUUCAUAGGUAUAUUCAGGAUAAGGACAUAAAGGGUACUGUUCCCUUGACAAAUGCAUUGAUGGAUAUGUAUGUGAAAUGUGGGAGUUUGCAGCCUGCACAGGCGUUGUUUGAUGGGAUGAGUCAACGGACGGUGGUGUCUUGGACCACGAUGAUCAUGGGUUAUGCCAAGUUUGGAUUGUUGAAAGAUGCUCGUAGGGUCUUUGAUGAGAUGCCCCAGAGAGAUGUUGUUCCCUGGAACGCGCUAAUGGCUGGUUAUGUUCAGUGCAGGCGAGGUAAAGAGGCGUUUUCCCUGUUUCAGGAGAUGCAAGGGUCUUUGAUCAAGCCCAAUGAGGUCACCAUGAUUAGUAUUUUGUCUGCAUGUUCUCAACUUGGCGCCUUGGAAAUGGGAAUGUGGAUUCACCGUUACAUUGAAAAACAAAAAUUCCAGUUAGAUAUUACGUUAGGAACUGCUCUAGUGGACAUGUACGCAAAAUGUGGCAAUAUCAAGGAGUCACUUCGAAUAUUCAAUGAGAUGACAGAGAGAAAUACCCUAACAUGGACAUCUAUAAUUUGUGGUCUUUCCGGUCAUGGGCAUGGCAAGGAUGCCAUAAAGCAUUUCAAAAGGAUGAUAGAGAUCGGGUUGGAACCAGAUGAGGUUACCUUUCUCGGGGUUCUAUCAGCAUGUUGUCAUGCUGGAUUGGUUGAUGAUGGUCGUGUAUUUUUUUCUCAAAUGAGCUCAAAGUAUAGACUUCAACCGAAGCAAAAGCAUUAUUCUUGUAUGGUUGAUCUUUUUGGUAGAGCUGGUUUAUUACAAGAAGCUGAGGAGCUAAUAAGUAGUAUGCCUAUGGAGCCUGAUUCAGUGGUAUGGGGUGCUUUGUUCUUUGCUUGCCGAAUUCAUGGCAAUGUUGCUUUGGGCGAGCGAGCUGCUUUGAAAUUGAUAGAACUAGAUCCAAAAGACAGUGGAAUCUAUGUAUUGCUUGCAAAUAUGUAUACAGAGGCAAACAUGCGGGAUGAAGCAGAUAAGGUGAGGAUGCGAAUGAAGGAGAUGGGUAUGGAAAAGACUCCUGGCUGCAGUUCUAUUGAGGUUAAUGGUGUUGUUUAUGAGUUCAUGGCAAGGGACAAAUCACAUUCAGAGCACAAGGAGAUUUAUGGAUGUCUGAUGCAAAUGUAUGGGCAAAUGGUGCACAGUCGAGAAAGCAAUGAAGAAAACUACUCAUUACCUCUAUCUGGUUUCCCAAAUUGACAAGCAAAGCACGGGGAGCGAUAGGAACUUUUACCCAUUCUCCAUCUUUGAGCACGUGAAGCCCCUCCACCUCUUUGUCAGGAAAAACUAUAUUUAUCACUGAACCAUCAGAAUGAGGCUUGAGUCCAUAAACAAGGUCAGGCCUUGAGCAACUCGGAUAGUAGUUGAAGGUUGCAAGCACUUCAGCUCUAUCAUCCAAUUGGCUGAUGAACUGGUUUUUGUUCAAUUUCAGUAUCCUUGCCAAAGCCAUAAGAACAAUUUCGGUUAUCUCCCUCACCUUCAUCGUUUAAUCAUGGGCCAUUUCCCUACGACAAGAAACAUCAACAUUAUAUCUUGCCCAUACUUAAAAGUCUAGUCUGUUUUUAUAUCAUAACAACUUUUACAAAAAAGAGAAACAAU